AUGAGCUCGGUGGGCCCGGCCUCCGCGGGUGGCCGUGCAGUGGUCCCCGUCGGCAACGCGGGCGCCGCCCCAGCGUCCUUGUUGUCCAUGCUCACGGUGCAAGAGCGGUUCUACUCCACCCUCUUGGCUGUGUCCGGGCAGUUCUGCACAAAGAUCACGCGGUCGAUUGGAACAGAGCUUUGCGCAGCGUGCGGUCGUGAUGCCAGUGAUGGAACUCUGCCCGUGGAUUGGGGAGAGCUGCCCAAGGACGUGUGGUCCAGCCCUGAGCGGGAGGUCACGCUGCAGGGCCAGACUGCGAUGCAGACGUGGAGAUGA